CGACCAGCAGCGACGAUCAGUCUCCAUCUAAGCACCUCCUAGUGAACACGUCGCCAAUGUGAAUCGCGUAACGGUAGGCAUGUGAUCGUGUCCUCGCGACUAUGAGCCCCGCGUCCGCAGGCAAUUUGGAAGUAGAACGCUACAUCGGGGCCUGUUUGAUUUCGCAAAACCGCGCUAAAAGCAAACCGCAAAGACAAGAACACUAUUCCUCAGCGCAUAGAGAUGUAGUGCCGGAUAUCUACCAUCAGAAACACGUUAACUUUCGCUUGCAGAGAUGUCACUCGGGCGACGGAUGGGCCGGUGGGAUGCCCUUGAUAUCGUUCGCCCAGCACCAGCGGAAGAUCCACCACCAAGAAGAUUCUUCUUCGUUGGCUAAGUUGGCGGUGCACACCCAAGGCGCGCCCUUGAUUCUUACCAAGAGUUACAACCACAGAAAGAAUAAGGUGCACAGACACAAUGGAGCGACGAAGAUCUUCGAAAACUCUAAUAAUAAGAAGAAUGUUAAGUGUCAGAACAGUGUGGACACUGUGAGCGUUACCAGUGAUGAGAGUUCCGGGUCCGCUAAUUCUGAAACGUGUUUACCGCGGAUUAUUAAGCCUAGAAAGAGACGGAAAAAGGAUAGGAAACCUCCUCUACUCGGCAGGCCGCUGAGCCAGGAUGGUUUUUCGACAGAUAGCGCCAGUCCGGACAUAGACAACACUCAACCUAACUAUUUAUCAAUAAGCCCAUUUAAUUUAUUUAAUUUUAAUCCAUAUGGUGCGUUAAUCUUCCCAGAAACUUCAAAACUAGUAGAUCACCUCCACAUAUUAAACGAUAUUAGUGAGACUCCCAAACUCCACCACGCGUUCGAAGAUAUAGAAGAACCGGAAGAUAUCAAAGACAUCAAUGGUAACCAACCAACCAGUAUCUGUCAGUGUCGAUAUUGUGAUCCUAGUGGGCAAAUUUGGGACGUUGACAGGGAAUGCUACUCACCAUUUCUAACUCCCCCGACAAAGUCUUUCCAAUUUCCUAAUCUUAAUCUGGACGAAAUUUCUUAUUCUACCCCAAUAUCCACCAGCUGCUUGGAGCACACCCUGUCUUCAAUAUCUCUAGAAGAUGACGACAUCAAGAAGACCCCUACGUCUAGGUCUUCCAGUUCUUCGUCCUGUAGAGAUUUGGAAGUUUCGACGGAGAUAGUGACUUCCUUGAACGGCCACAGGGAUUUGGAGAUCAAGUUCUUUUCAACGCCCUGCAAUGUGGAUAGUGUCAAAUCUAACGAGGUGUUCGAUAACAGCUCGAGGAGGUAUCCUCAAAGUGAAUUUGGUGUAGUGUAUGAAGAAUGAUUAGGAUUGUAUGUUUAUUUUCUUCUUUAAUGGAUUUUUUUAUGUAUUUAUCAGUCUUGCAAAGACUAGCUACGAGGUAUUUAGAUGUUUUUUUUUCUUGUAUCAAGGAAUAGUUUGACCGUAUAAAAUAUGCUGAAUUUAUUGUUAAUGACAAUUCUAAAUUUGUUAUUAAAAUUUUUCAAAGAAA